AUGAAGUAUACUCAACUGGACAAGGCCCUGUCAUCAAUCUGGACCUACCUACCAUUCAAGCUCAACUCUCUAUCCGUAUGGGCACCCAAGCCCGUGAAUCCCGCUCCCAACACGGAGGACGAUGAGAGAAUCUAUCCGGACGAAGCUAUUCCAAACAAGCAUCUAACCCCAUUGCUAGCUCUUCCGCCUCAAGUUCCAACACUAAAUAUAAACCUCAGGACCAGGACUCACGCAAACCAAAGACCCGUUGUGAUUGGUGUGGUCAUUUCCACCCAAUGCCUUGCCUCUACAAGAACCCUGAGAAAGCCUCUGAGCAUUGGCACUGAGCCAAUAAAAAUACUAUUGAAGCUAUUCAUGCUUUACACACUGCUAAAGAAUCUUCCACUGCUUCAUUCUCUGAAGCAGAAACCAAUGAACUGGUACCAUGGACUUCUUCAGCUGCAAAAACAGCCAUUGCUAAAUCAGCCCAAUCUCUCUAAGCUUCAUGCUUUCUUCACGUCCUAUAAAACAUUGAGAAAGGAGGACCUUACUCCAGCAGAUUAUAUUGAAGAUGCUCAAGGGAAGAUUUCCAAACCUCAUGGUAUUGGCACCGUCGUCAUUGAUAUUGGAACCGGAUCCUUGAUCCUUAGGGAUGUACGACAUGUUCCAUCCUUCAAUUCCAACUUAAUCUCCAUGGGAAUGCUUCUCAAACAAGGUUUUCGUAUCGAAUUCCCUUCCAGCUCUCAAGUAGCACAAAUCACAACCUCUUCUGGUGCAGAAUUUGAAGCCAUUUUGAAUACCAACAAUGUAUUCAUCCUAUCAGAUUGCAUUUCUCCCGACGAGAGCUCCUAUGCCUUUGUCACCACCCGGUCUGGCAAAGAGGCCAACUGA